AUGUCAGCGUCCACCAAGUUCACUGUGCGAGCGGCCACGCGCGAAGACGGGCCUUUCUUGGCGUGGGUGCUGCUUCAGGCCGGCCGCUCGCAGCACCCGCGCGGGCUCUUCGAGCACAUCAUUGGGCCAAAAUACACCGAAGAGCAGCUGCUCACCAUCCUCACCGAUUUCAUCCUAGACGAGUCGGCGGAGGGGAAGGGGUCGUUCACCCACUGGGACGGCUGGUUCGUGGCUCACGCCGAAGAUGGGACCCGCGCCGGCGGUUCGUGUCCCUACAGUUGUGGCUCUCUCACAAUCGUCUCUACGUGUCGCUCACCUCAUGGCACGGCAUCAGGCCUCACCGGGUUCGCGUACAAGGAGAAGCCCAUGCCCAACUUCUCCGCCCUCCUGGCUGCCGUGUUGGCCGCCAAGCAUGGAUGGGUUGGAGAAGACUUUGUUGCCCUGAAGGAUCGGUACGCGAUGCACAACACCGCCAGGCAUGGCAUUUGCUGA